UGAUUCCCGUUUCAUUCUGGGAAACAGUAUCAGCAGUUACUCUUAUUACAUCUUAGUUACAUCGGCUCAUCUCAGAAGAGUGAACUCAACUACAGUGUGGUAAACCAACUGAAGAGAAGAUUUAUUUUCCGGUCAAUUUCAGAUUCAGAAACAAGAAUGUCUCAAACUGUCAUACCCGUGACCUCUUCGACGCUUGUCAUCCAGUUUCAACCACCAACACAAACAACAGCAGCUGGAACUGGGACAAAUGCUCCUGUGCCUGUUUACGGACAACAGCCAGCAGGAGUUUCACCUUUUCAUGGACUUCAGGCAUUUCUGAAAGGCCAACCAAAAGCCCUUGGGACUGUCCAGAUAAUGAUUGGUCUGUUGACUCUCCUGUUGGGAAUCGUGUCUACAAUUUAUGCAAAUUCCAUCUCUGUCAUUAGUGGUAUUCCUUACUGGGGAUCUCUCAUCUAUAUUUCCGCAGGCUCACUCUGCAUUGCUGCAGAAAACAAACUGAAUUCACCCUCCAGUUUGUGUUUGGUGAAAGGUUCACUUGGGAUGAACAUUUUCAGUACUAUAACUGCAGGCAUUUCCUUUAUCAUAAUUUCAAUGGAUUUGGGUCUAGGGCCAUUGAACAUGUACAUUUACUGCAAUGAUUAUGAGUGUUAUGAUAUUGAGGCAAAGUAUAAGACUCUCUUCUUUGGAAUCAAUAGUGUAUCAUUGAUAUUCGCAGUCCUUGAGUUUAUCAUCUCCAUCUGUCUGUCAGCAUUUGCUUGUAAAGCCACCUCCUGCUGUUCUCCACAGGUGGCGUUUGUUCCACAAGUUUUACCUCAACACCCCUGUUGUUUUGGGCACAAUCAUUUCCAUAAUCUUAACAACCCAGAGAUAUCUGUGGUCAGCAACCCUGCCAUGCCACUUCCUGCAGAAAUUCCUCCACAAUACAGUGAAUUUAAAUAAAUAUUAAAACAGAGUUCCUGCAGUUGUGUGAAAUGCUUUUGUGGGUUUUCCUGUCCAUUAUCUUUCAUUUAAAAAAAAAGAACAUGACAGCAAAGGAAAAAUCACUUGAUCAGAUAAUAAUGAUUAUUUUUUUUAAGUCACUAUUUCAUGAUUUUUUUUCUUUAGUUAAGAAAUUUGCCUGAUCAUUAAUGAAAUUGGAUUGCUUGUUUUGCACAACUAAUUAAUACAGUAUAAUCUGUAAAAAGAAAGUAUACAUAAUAAAAAAAA